AUGGGCUGGGGCUCACCUAAUUACGAUUAUGAAAGUACUACAAGGAGUUUUGACACAAGCACGACGAGGUAUGAAGUAACUGGAUAUACCACAGAAUAUAUUGCGACGACUUCCGGGCCACCCAACCUCGAACAGAGCACACGUACACAGCAGUCGUCUCCAAAGAUAACCGAGUCAGUCAAAACGACGAAAGAGCCAAGCCUCGUCCCUUCUGAGAAUGGAGUCCCGAUAAUGCCGGUCCAGCCUGGUAUCCUUUGGCCGAGUUCUACCGAUUCACCAUUUUUAAUGCCGCUAUGGCUUCCUCUGUGGGUGGUGAUUCUCGUCGGUAUCGGAUCAAUUCUUGUAACUUCUAUUUGUUGCUGCGCGUGUUUCAGGUUCAGAAUGUGGCAAAUGCGAGUACAACAUUAUAACGAGGUCAAGAAGCUUCAGAAGCGAGUCAAGAAGGCUGAGAAAGAUAAAGAAAACGACAAAGAAAACGAGAAGAAUAAAGAAAGACCAAUCGACUCUUCCACAAUGCCCGGGUCGCCACCACAGUACUCUGAACGAAUGUCGGACAUAUCAAGCAUUCGCACGGCUACCACUAUUCGUACUGAUCGUGAAACGCUGAAGAGUGCGAAACGCUCACGGAAGCCCGAUUUGAAAGAUAUUUCGGAAGAAGUGAUGGAGGAAGCAGAGCCCCUUAAAUCCAAGGACGUGUCUCCACGGGCGUCAUCAACUAAUAUGACUGUAAAAGAAGAAGCAACGAAGAAUGUAGCACAGCCCCAAGAAGAAAAUUACUUGGAAAUAGAAACAACGAAGGAAACCUCAAAAUCGGGCUUGGUGCCGGAGAAACCGCUGAAUCUUGAGAAAUCAACUAGCACUGAAAAAGAAACCCAAUUGCCGAAAAAUAUCCAUGCUAAGAAGUACAAAGCUGCCCCUCCACCAAGACCGAAUGAGCCUCCACCAGUUCCAGCUGCUCAAAGAAGAUCUUUUAUAACGACUAAAACUACUGCCACUCAGAUCGAAGAAGAACCCCUUCUAUGGAGACUUUUAAUUUCCCUUCGCCGAAAAUGGAAUCGAUUGACCUCAACUUGA